UCAUCUGUAUCUACCUAUAGACCGCGCAUUCUUGCUGGAAAUCGUUCUCUGUCAGCGAUCCCGGUUCUUUGUUCCCCGAUCUCACCCAUACUUUGAUCCCCCAUUAUUCUUCCUGGAGUUUCAUCGAUGGAGGACUAUACCACCACCACUAAGGCCUACAAUCUCUUCGUGAAGCUCUUGGACGGAAAAACCCUAACCCUAAAAUUCCCAUCUCCUAUUCUUUACGCCAAUUCCAUAAAGGAUCGCAUUUUCGAGGUUACCAGAAUCCCCACACAGCAUCAGCGCCUUGUUACUGGCGUCCAAGACCUCAGCGGUAACGAAUCUGUUAUCUCCUGCUCGUCGGAAGGCGGGGAUGUGUUCCCCACCGUGCAUCUGCUGUUGCGGCUCGCUGGUGGCAAGGGAGGGUUUGGAUCGCUUUUGCGUGGUGCGGCCACGAAGGCUGGGCAGAAAAAGACGAACAACUUUGAGGCUUGCAGGGAUAUGAGUGGCCGAAGGUUGAGGCACGUAAACGCAGAGAAGAGAUUGGAGGAAUGGAAGGCCGGGGAGGCGGAGAGGAAGCUGGAGAAGAUUGCGGAAGAGUUUUUGAAGAAGCAGGCGAAGAAGGGUAAGAAGGGUAUGGGUGAUGGCGAGGCGCACAAGUAUGUGGCAAAAUAUAGGGAGGAGUCUGAGCGUUGCACUGCCGAGGUUGCCGAGUCGGUGAAGGAGGCUUUGAUGUCUAUCAAUGGCAAGAGAAAGGUUUCAGAUUUUGGAAAAGGCAGAGCAGAUGCAAAGAAGAUGAAGAUAUGGAUGGGAAAGAGGACAUUAAAUGAAAGUGAUAGUGAUGAUUCUGAUGAGGGUGUGAGCGAUGAUGGAGAAAAUGAUAAAUCAACUGUAUUGAAUAAUGGGAAUGACUCAGACUCAAAUAAGGCUGAAGGCAGUUCAGGUUCAGUAACUGGUGGGCAACAGGAUGGUGAAUAUUCUGUGGCUGGCUCGAGUGGAAGUUGCUCUGAAGAAGAGAAAGAGGCUGUUCUAGAAGGAAAAAUAGACCCUAGCAAAUAUCUUAACAGUGAAUCUCUCCAGAACAUAACGGGCAAACUGGUUGAACCUGUGAUUUGUGAUAAGAUGGCAAAUGGUGUCAUUAUGCCUGUUUUGGACUCUGCAGCUUUGGGAAUUGAUGCUGAAGAAGAUGGGAAGCAGGACUCCAGUGAAGCUGGCAGGCUUGAUUCAGCAGUCACUCAAGCCACAAAUCUUAUAGGCUCACAGCAUGUGGUGGAUGCGAACAAGUCAAACGAUAUUGAAACCAAUGGAUUGCGUGAGCAUAAAGCUUCAUCUCAUGAAGAAACUCACACAAAUGCCAGUGCUCAGGAAAUAGAGGAGCCUUUGAAUUUUGAUGCAUUUAAUUCAGCUGCAGAACUCGAGAUUCUUGGCCUGGAAAGGUUGAAGUCGGAGCUGCAGGCACGCGGGUUAAAAUGUGGAGGCACAUUGCAGGAGCGUGCUGCUAGGCUUUUCCUUCUAAAGUCGACUCCACUGGAUAAACUUCCCAAAAAGUUGCUUGCCAAGAAAUGACAAAGUUAUGGAAGAUGCUUCUUUCCAUGAUACGAGCUCGUCUCUGUACAGUUUUGGUCAAUCAACUGGCUAAUGUCUUUUCUUUCUCCCGAGGUUUUAAUGUGUUAACAGUCAAAAAUAGGGCAAACCUAGUCUUGUGACGUUUUUCUUGUUUUAUGUUCUUGCUGUAAAAUCUAGAGCUUUGCUCUUUUUUACCUAAUGGAAUCCGGCAUGAAAAAAAUUGAAAAUGAUGAUUUAUUUCUGAA